CUCUGCUACUGAAAGUGAAAGCAUGAAAUUGAAACUUGGGCGAGCUGUUUGUGUCGACGCAGACAAAGUGGCUUCCCCUCUUCGCGUUCUACCUUUUCCUCAAGACAAAAAACAGCUCAAACUCUUAAGAAAAGAGCAGUUACUUGACGCAGUUGUAGUAAAGGUUGUUUCCUGCCUUCCUGUGCCUGUCAGCAGCCAUGCCAGACCGUCAGCUGUGUCUGGAGGCCCUGUCUGCCCUCUCCGGCUGUAACGUCGAGCCGACAGCGGGGGCCUCCCAGCUCACCCCGCAGGACUUUGUCAACAUCGUGGCCCUCAAGGAGUUUUACAAGCAGGAGGGGCUCAAACAGCUGGAGUACCCGAGCCUGGGGACUUUGUCCCUGCAGGACGAGGAUUUGUACAGCUCCCCGCCGUGUCUGGUUGAGGGCCCGUCCUCCGCCGGGCCGCAGCCCAGCCUCAGGACCACGGUGAAGAUCAACCCGCAGGACUUCUUCGAUCCGCAGUACGACUACGACUUCACCAACAUUAAGGACGGCAGCAAGACGUUCCUGCGCGGCAACGAGCCGUACAUCCGUCCCUGCGGCUGGAACCGCGCCGCGCUGCAGGUCGUGCGGAAGUACGACGGGGACACCUGGCUCGGGACGGGGAAGGACGCCUGGCCCGUCUCCUACCACGGACACAACAUGGACGGCUCCCUGGGCAUCAUCCUGACCCACGGCGGUAGCCCCGGCGACGAGCCCUGCUUCCUGGAAGCCGCCGCCGCCUCGCUGGUCAACGCCGAGACGAGGGGCCGAGGGGCGUACUCCACGCCGGACAUCAAGCUGGCGGAGAAGUACUGCAAGCAGUUCAAGUCCAAAGUGGACGGGAAGACGUACAAAGUGGUUCUCCAGAACCGCAUCAACCCGUCGAAGAGGGUGAAGUGCCAGCGGGAGGACGUCUGGUUGGUCUACGUCCCCAAAGAGUGCAACGACGUCCAGGCGAGAGCCAUCGUGCAGGAGUCCAUCCGACCGUACGGGCUGCUGCUGCAGCUGGUGUGAGGACGAGUUAUCAGCGCUCGAUGGAGUUUUAAGCCCCCAACGUCGACUUAAAGGCAGCACUGCGAGCGUUGACUUCAAGGCAGCGCUGCGAGCGUUGACUUCAAGACACCUUGUCGCUGCCCGAUGUGAGUCGAGUGCUCAUGUGAGUCGGGCAUGCUCAGAUUCAAACGGUUUACGGCAUAACGUGUCUUACUGAAAUUUGUGAAAUCCAUAAAAUAAUAAACGUUUACAUACAAUAGCAGAAGAUGGAAAUCAUUUCAAAAACGUGUAGACAGCAGCAGCAGCAGUUGCUAACGUCAGCUCAUAGACUGUGCGUUAGCUCAAAAAGCCGUUAGCAUCUUGUCGCUAAGUGACGCAUGCGCGACUCACAUCGGAACUCGACUCGCAUCGGGCAGUGACACACCUAACGCUAACACUGCCCCUAACCAUUGCCUAAUCCUUGUGCCUUCCAGACAGCGCUGCCUGGAAGGCGACGUUGGGGGUUUAAGACACCAAACACUGUUAUCAGUAGGGCUGGGUACAAAUUAUUUAAUUCUCAAAUGAAAUUAGUUUUUUUCUUUGUUUUUUCUUUGUUUGUUUUUCUUUGUUUGUUUAAGCCCCCAACGUCGACUUAAAGGCAGCGCUGCGAGCGUUGACUUCAAGACACCUUGUCACUGCCCGAUGUGAGUCGAGUCAUUUCAAAAACAUGGUAGCUAGCUAUGAUUGUUUGAUUGCUAACGUUAGCUCAAAACGCCAUUCAAGUGACAGCCUUUGUUGUGUUUGAUUGCUAACUUGUAGCCAGCAGCAGCAGCAGUUGCUAACGUCAGCUCAUAGACUGUGCGUUAGCUCAAAAAGCCGUUAGCAUCUUGGCGGCUACUUGUCGCAAAGUGACGCAUGCGCGACUCACAUCGGAACUCGACUCGCAUCGGGCAGUGACACACCUAACGCUAACCCUGCCCCUAACCAUUGCCUAAUCCUUGUGCCUUCCAGACAGCGCUGCCUGGAAGGCGACGUUGGGGGUUUAAGACACCAAACACUGUUAUCAGUAGGGCUGGGUUCAAAUAAUCCAUUCUCAAAUUAAAUUAGUUUUUUUCUUUGUUUGAAUCUGUGAUCUGUUAUCGAUUAACCCUCCUGUUGUCUUCGGGUCAAAUAUGACCCAUUUUCAAAAAGUUUCUACAUC